CAGCAAGAGGCUGCAGGAAGCGACCAAUAGAGGCAGCGCUCAAGCCGUGUCUUAUCCAACCGCCACCUCGCUCGCUCAACACCCACUCUCGGCAUGGUGCUCCACGGCGUCACACCGGCCGUGUCUCCGCCCGCCGCCCGCCCCUGCCUCAUCCACGGCGCCUGCGGAGCCCUCCCGCACCCGGCUGCAGCCCCAGCGCGCGCUCUCGGGCACCUUCCCUCCCGCCUCCUCGUCAGCGUCGGCGACCCGCGCGCGGGCAGAGCCGUCUGGCGCGUGAGGCGGCGGGUGCGGUACGUGGAGGAGGAUGAGGGGGAGGACGACGAGGCGGAGUGGGGGCACAACGAAGACGUCGCGAGGAUGGAGCGGUACACCGAGGACGCGCGCGACCAGGCGCUGCUGGUGAAGGCCCGGGUGGACGACGAGGUGGAGGUCGUGCUCGUCUUCAGGGGCUUCUCGUCGAGCUUGAGCGGGGGAACGGCGACGGAUCCGGCGAGGAGCAUCCUGCCGGAGAGGGCGAUCGUACAGUCGGUGGACGUGGUGAAGGGGCCGUUUGACCCCAACAACAUCGAGUACCUGGAGAAGGGGGUGGAAUGGGACGACUUCAAGAGCCGCCUGCAAUAGAAAGAAUUUUUCCUUGCAAAUGUUGCAUGCUGCUGUGUCAGUUAAUCGAGAGAAAAAAACGGUCACCGCCUUUCUUUUUGGAAACAACUUCUGUUCAACGACUUAUCAAGACGUGCUUGUGCAUUGGUCAUCACAAAUGAUCAAGAGAUUGAUCGAGGCAGUAAAAUCAACAAAAGAAUGCAUCUA